UUUAAUAAUAUGUCAUUUUUAAACAUAUAUGUAUUUGAAAUGUUUAAAAAAACUUUCAUAAAAUAUCUCAGACCUUUAGCGACAAAUUUUCGAAUUUCUAGAGCCUCUAGUAGUGAUUUGUGCCCACCAAAAAAAUAUGACAAAAAACCGUAUGACGCAUCGGAUCAAUUGAAAGAAUUUGGAAAAUAUGUGGCAGAAUGUCUGCCAAAAUACAUAGAACAAGUUAGAUUUAAUUACUGUAAAGAACUAGAAUUAUUGGUAGUACCAGAAGGGUUAGUUCCUGUAAUGCAAUUUCUCAAAGACCAUCACAACUCCCAAAUGGAGUGUCUCAUGGAAGUAUGUGCGAUAGAUGUGCCCAGCAGACCAUAUCGGUUUGAAGUCAUUUAUAAUCUGCUUUCAUUGAGAUACAAUUCUAGACUUCAAGUUAAGACUUACACGGAUGAGUUAACUCCACUGGAUUCUGUUACAGGAGUGUAUAAGUCUGCCACCUGGUCAGAAAGAGAAGUAUGGGAUCUUCAUGGUGUAUUUUUUUCAAACCAUCCUGAUUUAAGAAGGAUCAUGACAGACUACGGGUUUGAAGGGCAUCCCUUAAGAAAGGACUUCCCUAUGAGCGGCUACUACGAAUCUAGGUAUGAUGAUAUAAAAAAACGAGUAGUACUGGAACCAGUGGAAUUUGCUCAAGAAUUUAGACAGUUUGAUUUGAAUUCGCCCUGGGAAGAGUUUAAUAAGUUUAAAAUCAAGAAUGUUCCCGUUAAAGAGGAGAAACCUCAAAAAUAAUUUAUUUAAUUUAGUAUUUUAAGUAUUUUUUUUUAUAUAGGUAAACUAAUAAAUUUUCUGUUAAAUA